AGCACGUGUGCUACAUCGUGAUUUGGAAUUGCCAACUGUAACACCGGGCGUUUUUGCAACACCGGGCAGUACAGCACAAUCUAUUGCUGGCUUCCCGGUCACGCUCCGACGGUGGGAGAUUCGGGGAGAUGACGCCUCAGGCUGAGCGUGGACGACUUGAAACACCUCAACGUUGUCAACUUGCACGCAAGCCAACUGCAAAGUAAACUGCAAUGAGUUCUCAUUUCGACCAGUCACGCCUUAUUCGGACACCUGCUUACCCGUCUCAGGCCGUCAGCGAGAAACUCAGGCGCGAGAUCAACCUCAAGCACAGCUUAAACCUCAAGGACUACCACGACCUGCAUGCGUACUCGGUGUCCAAUUACUCCUUCUGGCUCGACCUCUGGCAAUUUAUGGGCAUUUUGUCCUCUGUUCCCCCAGAUCCCACCAAGAUAGUCCAAAAGGGCAAAUACGAAGAGGUCCCCGAAUGGUUUCCCGGAGCGCGCCUCAACUACGCGGAGAACCUUCUCUAUCGAGACGACGACGGUAUCGCCUGCACAGCAGGUAAUGAACUCGGAGUCGUGACACAUUACACCUUCCGCCAGCUAAGGGAGAUGGUGCGCAAAAUGGCAGCCGCAAUGCGCGUGAAUGGAUUGAAGGUUGGAGAUAGGGUUGCGGCCAUCAUCGCCAACUCCAUCACUGCUGUGGUAGUUGCUCUUGCAACUUCCAGUGUAGGGGCAAUAUUUUCCAGUACUGCAACUGACAUGGGCACUCAGGGCAUACUUGAUAGGUACAGACAGAUCAAACCAAAGUUCAUUUUUACAGAAACGGAGAUUGUUUAUGCCGGGAAGACCGUCAGCAUGGUGCAGAGGGCUUCGGAAGUGGAGCGGGACCUCCGCACAUCUGGUGUACAGUGCAUCAUUACCUUGCCGAGUGUAAAGACGGGAAACACCGUCCCAGAGUCUCUGAACAUACCCAAUAGUGUUACAUUGGACUCCUUCCUUGCAUCGGGUGAUGAUCGACCACUGGAAUUUGAACAGUUACCUUUCAGUCAUCCGCUGUACAUCCUAUACUCCUCGGGGACAAGCGGGCCGCCGAAAUGUAUAGUCCACUGUGGUGGAGGCGUCCUCAUGAACACCAAGAAGGACUGUAUGGUUGGCUUCGACAUCCUCCCGACUGAUGUCUAUUUCCAAUAUACCACGACGGGUUGGAUGAUGUGGCCAUUCUUGCUCUCGGGUCUUGCAUGUGGUGCACGCAUUAUCCUUUACGACGGAUCACCAUUUCACCCCGACCUCAGGGGUUAUCUCAAGUUCAUUCAUGACCAGGGUAUCACGGUGUUCGGCACAAGUCCACGCUUCCUGACCGAAGUUCAGAUGAGGGGUAUCAAACCGCUUGAAAUUGCAUCCUUUGAAGCUCUUCGUGAGAUGACAGUCACAGGAGCUGUAAUCACUGCACCUUUGAUGGAGUGGACGUACAAGGCGUUUGGUGGGAAGUUGCAUAUCGGUUCGUCUUCUGGAGGGACAGACGUGUGUUGUGCAUUUAUCACAAGCGUUUUAAGUUUACCGCUACAUGCUGGAGAACUUCAAGGCAAAUGUCUUGGCAUGGCCGUUGAAUUAUUCGAUCCCGCGGGAAACAACAUUGAGAACACAGGUCAGCCUGGUGAGCUUGUCAUCACACGUCCGCAUCCCUCUAUACCCGUUUGCUUCUGGGGCGACGAGUCUGGCAAAAAGUUCCGACAAGCAUAUUAUGAGACGUACCCAGGAGUCUGGCGCCAAGGCGAUUUUGUAGUCAAAAAUCCGAAGACGACAGGGUUCCUCUUCCUAGGGCGGAGCGAUGGCGUACUCAACCCCUCUGGUGUCCGUUUUGGCUCAGCGGAGAUCUACACUGUCCUAGAGUCUUUCUCUGACGAGCUCGAUGAUUCACUCUGUGUCGGGCAACGCAGGACUCAGGACCCUGACGAGCGUGUCCUCCUAUUUUUGAAGAUGCGCUCCGGACGUACUCUCACGCCUGCCCUCAUCGACCGCAUCAAGAGCGCGAUCAGGACUAGCCUCAGCCCGAGGCACGUCCCAGCCUAUGUAUUCGAUACCAAGGAUAUCCCUUAUACCGUAAACGGCAAGAAAAUCGAGAUUGCGGUGAAGCAGAUUGUGUCGGGGUCGAAUCUGAAGCCGAGUGGGACGGUGGCGAACCCUGAGUCGCUUGAACUGUACUAUAAGUACAGGGACAUCGAAAGUGUGGUAGGCGCGAAGACGAUGGCGAAGCUCUAAAUGUAGACUUUGAUAUCAGAAGGUUGGGUCCUCCUAUUGUAUAUUAACUUGUGAGCACAGCCAUUUUGCGUGACUAU